AUCGCCGGCUUCUACUAUUUACUUCCUGUUUUAAAUUAAAAUAUUUAACGUAUAACAGUAUAAGGUUAUUGUCUGCAAAACAAACAAUAUUCGAGGUGGCAUGUGUGUUUAGAAUUAAACGGAUUAUUAAAAUGAUUCUGAAAUAAAACUAUACCUGCAACAAGACUGUUUAACAGACUGGAAACGAUGCGGACACUCUGGAUACUGAAAUACAUAUGGCUUUUGUCAAGAUUUCUAGUGGAAGGUGCGGUAGUGGAUAAAAACUGUGAAGAAAACUGUAAUUGCUGUGCUGAUAGCACGUGUCAUCAAUACCAAGGCUUUUGGAACGGUUGCAAAAACGGUUGCAUUGAUGGACACAGAGGGGCUAGAUGUUAUGAGCUUUGUAAUCACAACUGUACAAAAUGCGAAGACAGGAGUAAUUCAUUUUGUGAUGAAUGCUAUGACGGCUUCUACCUAGGACCAAAUAAAGAUUGUACAUCAAAAUGUCCAACAAACUGUAAAGCGUGUACCUCUAACUUAUUGUGUACUGUUUGUAACGACGGUUAUUAUAACAAAGAUGGGUCGACAACAUGUCCGCACGCUUUUUGUCCAGAGAAUUGUAACUGCAGUGGUAGGACAUGUACAACAUGUAAACACGGUUUCUACGACACAGGCAAUAACUGUAGUAAAGAAUGUCCGUCUAACUGUAUGACCUGUUCCUCCCAGGAAAAAUGCAAUGAUUGUAAAAAUGGAUUUUAUAACGGGUAUGAAUUUGACAAUAAUGUUAAACAGUUGUUCAAUAAUUGCACAUUAAGAUGCAGAGAUAGUUGCAUAGAAUGUCAAUCAUACGACAACUGCUUGCAAUGCUCUAAAGGAAAAUAUGGCCCUAAUUGUCAGAAUAAUUGCUCCAUCGGUUGCAUAGAUCAAAAAUGCCAUAUUGCGUCUGGUAAUUGUUCUUGCUCGUUAAACUUUGAUGGUGGCAAAUGUACGGAUUGUGUUAACGGAAAAUAUGGAACCUUUUGUAACGAGUUAUGUCCAGAACACUGCAAAAACGCUAUGUGUAACAAAACAUCAGGAUAUUGUAGUGAAGGUUGUAUCACUAACACAAUAACUGGCGCAAAGUGUAAUACCUGUAUAGUUGGGAUGCACGGUACACUUUGUGACAAAAUGUGUCCUACACACUGCAAAGCUAAUGCGUGUAACCGAACAACUGGAUUCUGUUCUGGGGGUUGUCAAGGCAACUUUACAGGUCCAAUGUGUGACACCUGUAUACAAGGAAAGUAUGGAGUAGCAUGUGACCAAGAUUGUUCAUUAAAAUGUGAAAAUGCUUUAUGUGAGAAAGAGACUGGAAAGUGCCUCAGCUGUGCCGGCAAUUUUGAUGGGGACUACUGUGAAAACUGUCAACCUGGCUUCCACGGGCAGAAUUGUUAUGAUAAUUGUUCUACUCACUGCUACAAUACCACAUGUGGUAUCGGUACGGGUGUUUGUGAUUAUGGUUGUGCAGAUAGCUAUUCGGGUGACAUGUGUUGUGUGCCCAGCGGCAACUGUGUCAAGUGCGCUUCGAACACUGAGUGCAAAGAAUGUAAAUCUGGUUAUUUCGGUCAUUUGUGUGACAACUCUUGCCCUAUUAAAUGCCUUGAUUCCUGUAACAUCUCUACAGGCGUUUGUCGCGAUUGCAUUAUAAAUUAUUUUGGACCCAUCUGCAACAGAACGUGUUCUGAAAACUGCAUUGCUUCAAGCAGCGGAGACACAGGUGAUUGUGCGUCAAAUGACGGAAGAUGCACCUAUGGUUGUAAAAUUGGUUUCUAUGGCAUUACGUGUGACGACACAUGCAGCGACCUUUGUAUUGACAAUAUUUGUCAACAGGAUGGCGGCAUUUGUAAAAAAGGAUGUGGUGGUUCAAGCGGCGACCCAGUUUGUGUUCUUGAUUCAAGUCAAACGUCUUCUACUUCACCCUCUAUUGGUCCUAUCGCGGGAGGUGUUUCAGGUGCUGCUGUGGCUGUUAUAAUUGGAAUUGUAUUUGCAAUAUUCUUCGUCAAACGAAGGCGCACAGGGAAACCUUCAGAACAGCAGAGCGACGGUGCUAGGACAGAACAUGCAAGAGAAGGACCUGUAUACGAAAAUUUUCGUGAAACACAAUUACUUGAAGAUGAUGUAGAGCGAAAUAGUACUGAAAUACGUAACGACACAAGCACCGCAGUAGAUGUUAAUGAAGUAGAAAUAGACAGACGGUCUAAUGAUGCUGCUAGCAGUCCGAGUGACGCGUAUUACAACUUCGUACCAAACAGACAUCGGGUGAAAGUAAACGACCUGUUUUCGUAUGUCAUGGAGCACGUAGACUCAUUCGCAAGCGAGUUCGGGAAUCUUGCAAAAGAUUUGGAUUUGACACAACAUUGCACUUUUGCGAAGAAGCCCGAAAACCUGCCUCUUAAUAGGUAUAAUGGCAUAUAUCCGUACGAUCAUUCUAGAGUUACAAUAUCUGAUCAGCCGGGAUUCUUUAUAAAUGCUUGUUACAUCGAUGGCUACAACAACAGAAAGAAAGCGUAUAUUGCCUCCCUAG